AUAUAUCACGUGGAAACUAUAUAUUUUAUUAUUAACUUCUUUUUAUCAUGACAAAUAUUUUAUUAAGAUGUGCAAAUCAGUUUGGAUACUUUUCGAGAAUUGCGAUGCUAAAUGAAAAGAAAAAGACGAUAGGCUUUACAAUUCAAGAAUGCACUACAAAAUUUGUUUUUUUAGCAAGGAACAUAAGUUUGAUAUCAAUAGACGAACCCCAAAUGAUAGAAAAGAAACUUAUAUCUGAAAAAAUUGCUGCUAUAUCUAGCCAUGUAAGCCGACAUAAAUGGAUACAGAAAGAAGAAAUUACAAGCAUAACAGAUAAUAUUAAUUUGUUAUAUAUUAUGAAUAAACAUCAAGUACUUUUAUUAUUGGAUUGGUGUAAUAAAGUGAUUGACUGUUUACCAUUAGAUAAAGUUGAACUUGGAAAAUCUUUAUGGUUACAUCUCACUGCACUCAAUUUCAGAUUACAAAUAAGCCAUUACAAUGCACUUUUAAAAUUAUAUGUAAAAAAUGAGUAUGAUUUUUCACCUAUGAAAUUAUUAAAGGACAUGAUAAAUAAUGGAAUUCAUCCAGAUGAAAGGACAUAUGAAACAUGUAUUGAAUAUUACUGUAUGAAAGGCAAUAUUAGUGAGGCACUAACACUUCUGGAAAAUAUGCAAAGGAUGCAGCUUCCUUUAUCAGAAUCUAUUUUUAAUUUAUUAUUGAUGGGAUAUUCUCAAUCUGGAAAUAUAGAAAGUGCAUUUGCAGUUUUAAAUAGUAUGAAACAAAAGAAAAUAAAACUAACUACUGAAACAUACGCUGCUGUUAUGUGUGCUUAUGCUAAAUUAAAUGAUAUUGAUAAAAUCAAAGGAAUAAUCAAAGCUUGUAAUUUAAAGAAUAUACAUUUCACUAAUAAAUAUAUUUUAAAUGUGAUUUAUACAUUAGCAACAAAUGACACCAAUUCAAGCAAAGUUUCCUCCACACAUAUUGAAACUAUGUGUCAGUAUUUAAAAAAAAAAUCCAUUAUUUCCACUGAUGAAGUACAAAUUCUAUUAAAAUUAGUAGCUAUUAAUGAAACAGAUGUAGUUAUGACUGCCCUUUCUUAUAUAUGUUUAGACACUAAUACAUCUCAAUAUAAAGAUAUUAUGAAAUUAAUAUUACAACAAAUUGUUAAUAAAAGCAUGGUUGCUAAUGAAAUUAUUAAACUAUGUACUGUUUUUAAAAAUGAAAAAGCAUUUAAGGAGUUAUUGUUAAUGUCAUUGUAUUAUUCAUUAUUGAAAAAUGAUUGUGUGUCUCUUCCUUUACUUAGAGAAUGUAAACUUCAUUGCAUAAUAAGACCACAUUAUUUUUGGCCACUUUUAAUUAAGCAGGCAUAUAAAUAUGAUGUACAAGGCAUUUUAAAUGUUAUCAAAAUUAUGGUCAAUGACUUUAAUGUAUUACCUUGUAUUGAUACAGUUACUGAUUAUGUUUUACCAUUUACUUUUGGAAAUGUGCCAUAUGUGAGAAGUUUAUUAAUGAAAUAUGGAAUAAAUGAAUCAACUAUCAAUAAUGCUUAUGUUUUAUUAAUGUUGAAAAAAUUCAAGUCAAAAGAGGCUGCUAUGUACUUAGAAAACUUUCCUGGUAAAUAUUAUUAUAGAAUAAUUGCUCAUGACCUUAGACAUACUACAAUUUAUAAAAAUGAUGUAUACAAUUUUGUAUACAUUAGUCUUAAUUUAAUAGAAAACAUGGAUUUAGAUACAACAUUUAAGUCGAAUAAUGAAUCAUUUGAACCAACAUUUGUGUCUAUGGAUAAACAGUUAUGUGAUCUGAUGAUUGAUUUUCCAGGUCAUAAAGGGUGGUUUACAAAGGUAUUAGAUUAUGUUGCAAAGAAAGGUAUUAAUUUAAAACCUCAGACAAUACAAACAAUAAACGAAUUUUUAUAGGAAUG